CUCCAUCGACCUCACCGUGUCGAAGUACAGAACGAUUUCGCGCGAAUUCGUCAAGCAUGCGCCAAACUCAUCUCAAAUAACACAAAUAUCCUUCCAGAACUCAUCACGAACCCCAAAGGAGAAACACGCAAGAACAUACAAUUCCCAAAAUAGGAAUAGAAGAUAAAAAGUCGUGGUUCGGGACGUGGCGGGAAGGAAUUCGUCAGUCUAUUGCUCUCGCUCCUGAGCAAGGGGAAGGCCGGUAGAACGAGAGAAAACGAACGACUGCGUGCAGGGACUGAAGAGAGGGGCAGUGAAGCGACGAAUAGCGACGUUUGAAGAGACGCGGGGUCGAAGGGGAAGAGAGGAGGAGUGAGCGAGAAAGAUCGGAGUGGUGCCAUCAACUGUGGUCGCUGUAAGUAAUCGUCGUCAAUCGUCGUCGAAGAAUCGGCAGGAACCGAGGGCGGGCUACGUUACAAGUGCAUCGUGGAAAUAUUAUGCGUCGACUCGGCAUGAAAAACAAGCAGAGAAAAUCGGAAGCGGCGAGCGACAACGAGUUGGAGGAAAAUGGCGCACGCGCGGCCAGCGACACUGGCAACGAGACGCAAGCCGGUAAGAACAACAACAGCGCGCGAAGGUCCGCCACGAAGAGACGCUCUGCGCGCGGUGCAUCAUUGCAGAAAUCAGUAGCACACACGGACGACGCUGCCGAGGCGGCAAAUACCGAAGAGACCGCUGAAGAACGGGGGGAAAACGGGGAAAAGGCUUCCAGCCCGAAAUCAUCUCCGAAUAAACGUCGAAAGAAGGAGGAUUCGGGGGCAUCCACCUCCGCCCGCGACAAGUCCGAGCAGGACGACGAGUACGAGGUAGAGAAGCUCAUCAAUCUUCGUACUAUUAAAGGCCGUCGACAGUUUUUGGUAAGGUGGAAGGGUUACGGGGACUCUGCAGACACUUGGGAGAAUGAGAAAGAUCUAAAUUGUCCUCAGUUGAUAGAAGACUAUUUACUUGAAGAAAAGGAGAAAGAAAAAGAAAUGAAGUUGCCCAAAACAGAUAAAUCUAAAAAGUCUAAAGUUGGUUCCAAAAAACAACCGGAAAAUGAUGAGCAAAAUAAUAAAGAUGGCAAAGAGUCCUCGAAAGAAUUUGAGGUUGAGAAAAUAAUCGAGGUACGCUUUAAGAAAAAUGGCGCAAAAGAAUUCUUAAUCAGAUGGAAAGGAUUCUCUGCAAACGACGACACUUGGGAGCCGGAGAAAAAUCUCAAUUGCCAAGAACUUAUCUCAAAGUUUAUGCAGAAGGUAGAACAAGCAAAGACCUCCGAGAUGAGAGAACUCCGGACGAAUCCAGCACAUACUAAACGGUACACGUUGGCAUCACAGGCCUCCGGAAGAAGAUUAUCUAAACGUAAUAGAGACAAGCAAAGGACGACUUAUCACGAGUGCGAGAACUAAGGAAUAUUGCAGUCCCAGUAUCUUUAUUUUAUUCAAAAAAAUUUAUAUAUACAUAUAUAUAUACAUAACCUGUAGUUCUACAAAACAGAAGGGAGAAAAUUCAAUCUCUCGAUUUGAGGGACAAACAAAGAGAGAGAGAGACAAAGAAAUAUAUCAAAACAUGAAUAAUUUGCUAUUAGGGAUAUGUAAUGUAUGCGCGUUCUCUUUUUAAAGUGAAGAGUUUGUGUGAAUAACAUAGGAGUGAGUAACAUACACAUAUACGUGUAUUUAUUAAUGCAGAAAGGCUAAAGAAUUUUCAAAAUAUUUAUAUUACUGAAUGUAAAUUGUGUGUGACAGGGAACUGAAUUGAUUUAAAUUUAUAACAAAAAAAAAUAAAAAUAUUCUGUUUUUGACAUUGGCUGCGAAUAAAGUGGAAGUAAAUGCUGAAUGAAAGAAUAAAAAGUAUCUUUUAAAAUUAUACCAAGUGUAGGUAGGAAAGGAUGGACAUUAUUUUCUCCCGUGUGAUGUAUACGUUUUAAGAUAUGCACAGAAUAUAUAAGUUGACAUAUUUGUCGCAUUUAUUCUAUGUUAUAUACAUUUAUUUGCAAAUUUAAA